AGCGUGACAAGUGUGCAUUGUAAGAUUAAAAUUUACAAUAAGCGGCACAGCGUAUCCCUUCUUCACACAUUGAUCCUCUCCCCCGAUAAAAAAGGACAUUGACCUCUCAUCGUUUACUUUAAUCCAUACCGGACGGCGAGUGGAGAGCGGAGAGGCGGUGGCCGGAGACUCUUCGGCGCCGAUCCCUCUCUCCCUCUCUCUCUUCCGGCCAUUUCCCCUCUUGAUUCAUAGAUCUACAAUGGCUUUUGAUCCCAACGCGGCGUUCAAGCUCUCCUCCACCUCCACCAAACCAUAUCAUCAUCGCAGGAUCCCUUGUCUUCCCGUUUGCGUCGUUGUGGGCUUGGUUUGCAUCCUCGUAUUUAUUCUUGUUUCCAUUAGAAGUGCGCCUUCUCAGCUCCGAUUCGGGAUUGUCAUCGAUGGUGGGAGCUCUGGGAGCCGGAUCCAUGUUUAUGGGUGGAGGAUUGGUGAAGGAAUAGUGCCGGAGAUCGAUUUCGCGGCGUCGGGGGAGAUGAAGGUUAAUCCGGGCUUGUCGGCGUAUGCUCAGGAGCCGGAGAGGGCUGGGGAGUCGCUGGCUGGGUUGUUGGAGUUUGGAAAGGGGCACGUGCCAAGGGAUUUGUGGGGCGAGACGGAGGUGAGGCUUAUGGCGACGGCUGGAUUGAGAAUGGUUGAAAGUGAGACCAGGGAGAGGAUUUUGGAGUCGUGUAGGAGAGUUUUAAGGGCGUCUGGAUUUCGGUUUCGGGAUGAUUGGGCUACGGUGAUUCCAGGUACUGAUGAAGGCAGCUAUGCUUGGGUUGCUGCAAAUUAUGCUCUUGGUACUCUGGGAGGUGAUCCGCAAGAAACCACUGGGAUCAUUGAACUUGGUGGGGCUUCUGCUCAGGUGACAUUUGUCUCAAGUGAACCUUUGCCACCAGAAUAUGCACGGCCACUUAACUUUGGGGAAAGGAGGUAUAACCUCUACAGUCAUAGUUUCCUUCAUUUUGGCCAGAAUGCUGCACAAGAUUCGCUUCAAGAAUUGCUUGCCUCUGAAGGACUGAAAUCAGAGCAUGUUCAUCAGGGAAUAUAUGAUCCUUGCACUCCUAGAAGUUAUUCACAUGGUUUGGAAUCUGGGAAGCUCUCUGCUGGUGUCCCUAGUUUGCAGGCAGAAGGAAAUGAUGUUGCUCAUGUGAUGGGUAACUACUCGGCAUGUAGGUCUCUUUCAUUAAUGCUUCUACAGAAGGAGAAAGAUAAAUGUUCAUUUGAUGAAUGCCUCGUAGGGUCAACGUUUGUACCUAAAUUGCAAGGAAGAUUCUUGGCAACGGAGAAUUUCUUUUAUACUUCAAAGUUCUUUGGGCUUGGUUCAUUAUCAUCUCUUUCUGAUCUGAUUUCCUCCGGGAAAAAAUUCUGUGAAGAAGAUAAGCUGAGACUGAAAAGGAAAUAUAGUACACUAUCAGAAGAAGAUUUUUCACGAUACUGCUUUUCAUCAGCAUACAUUGUGGCUUUCCUGCAUGACGGUCUUGGAAUUGCUUUGGAUGAUGAUAGGAUUAGCUUUGUGAAUCAAGUGGACAAUGUUCCACUUGACUGGGCAUUGGGAGCCUUCAUCAUGCAGGGAACUUCAUCACCAACCGCACCAUAUUCUUGGAUACCUGCGAUCAAUCGAGAUGGAAUGCUGGUGUUGCUAUUUCUAUUGAUCAUCGCCGCCUUGAUGGUCUUCACCAUGGUUGCAGUAUCCAAAUGUAGGAAUCCUCAGUUGAAGACCAUAUAUGAUUUGGAGAAAGGGCGCUAUAUAGUAACCCGGAUACAUCGAUAAUUUUGCUAUGCAGAUGGAGAAACCAGUAUUUAGUAGGCCAGGCAUUGAUCAACCACAUCAAAAUAAUUUUUUUUUGUUUUUACCAUUUCCUGUUGUUAUUCUUGUAUAUCCUCAUACCAUGAUAAUUAUUUCUCACCAGCCAAUAUAGCUUAAGCCUUUAAUCAGAAUCAAUACAGGGUAUUUUGCACCCAGAAACCUUCUUGUGUAUCUCUCUAUGUACAACUCCAAGAAUUGAUCUUGCCUUCUCAAAGCAACUAUUUGAUUUGAAAA